AAUGAAGUCUCUUGAAGAAAAUGCUAAAACUGCAAAAGAUAAGAUCAAAGAACAGAAGGAAAAAGUUUUGAAGAUUGUGACAGAAAAAGUUGAUGAGAGGACAAAGAAGAUGAAUGAAGAAGUGGACAAGGCUUAUGAUGAAUUACAGAGUGAACUAAACAAACAACAUGAUGAGAUUAAAGAUUAUCGUGACAAACUACAAGCUUCAAUGCCCUUGCCUAAAAGCCUCCUAAAGAGGGGAGGUAUUGAAGAAAUUCUUUCCUUGCAAAAACAGAUUGAUGAAAGUAUUGAAAAGUUGGAAAAAGAAAAGCCUGAGGAUCUAACAGCAGUCAAUGAUGGGAAUAUUCAGCAUGUACCUGGUGAUAUUAAUAAUAUCAAUGUUGAUGAAGUUGUUGAUAAGUUGGGACAUAUUGAAGGGCAUAAUGGACAUUUCAAUUUAACAAAUUCGUCCAGUAUUUUGAAAGGAGAGAUUGCCUUCAUUAAACAACUUCAGGAAUGGUUGGGAAAGAAAUGUAAUUGGAAUCUUUGUUACCGUGCUUCAAGAGAUGGUUGGAGAGCCCAAGAUUUUCACAGUCAUUGUGACAAUAAAGGACCGACCGUGGUUUUGGUGAAGGCCAAUAAUUGUAUCUUUGGUGGAUACGCUGACGUAAGCUGGCAAGGUAAUGUUGGGUAUACAAAUUCCAAAUCUUCAUUUAUUUUUUCACUACGAAACAAAGACAACCUUGCUCCAUUUAUUGCUAACAUCAAGCAACGCGAGGAGGGAUAUGCAAUCUACUGUAAGUCUAGUUUUGGACCAACCUUUGGCGGAGGUUUUGAUUUGCGCAUUGUGAACAAUCCUCAAGUUAAUCAGUCACAGAGUAAUUUUGGAUACACGUAUCAACUUCCUUCUGGUUGUAUGCCUGGCAGUGAACUAGCAAAUAACCUUCUUGCUGGUCAGUGGAAAUUUUUAACCACAGAAAUAGAAGUAUUUAACUGAGAACUGUCAUACUGUAUAUACUGGUGGCAGCCGGCCCUGACAGUCACUGAUUACUAUGGCAAAGAUCUGCAAAAAAAUUAAGUGGUAAUAUGGAUUAAAGUCUUUAAACGGAUUCAAUUAGACACGUGUUAACAUUAGCGUGUUUAAGGGCCUGUUUACAUGCCAUCUCGGUUAGGUGAGGUGAAAACUGCAUGUAAUGAAAGACUAAUCAGGUUAAGGCUUUUAUCUGAUGCGCCUAGCCUAGCCGGGACAACCCGCUCCAUGUAAACAGGCCUUACGAUGCACUAAAUCUACGACGCGGACGUUGUAAUAUGCCUUGAUCGCAAUCAAUUAACACCGAUUGCCUUGAAUUUAAAAGGUUUAAUUUUUCAUGACAUAACUAUUCGCCAUCAUGGUUUUAGCUAC